AUGACAAAGCUUCUACUAAAAGAGUCGACCGAGCAACAAGCUGAGCUUAGUAAAGAAGAGCUAACGAAAAUUGUUACAAAACGCGCGCUGGAAAGCCUUCGGCAGCACUUCGGAAAAUUUGCGGCUAAAAAUAAUGAUCCGAUCGUUCCUGGAUUGCACGAGCAAAUCAAUACUAUGAGUGAUUUAGAAAGCGUUGACGAGCUGGAUGAGCUCAAACCUGUCGAGAGCUUUUUGAUCCCGACUGAUGACUUUGAAGUUUCUUCUGAAGCUGAUCAUGAACUCAACGAUUUCUCAGAGGAGACCGAGCUUGAGAAGAUCAGGGAAGCCUUCCUCAUAACGGAAUGCGAGGUAGAAGAAGACCUGCUCAACAUUUCGAAAGUGAAUUAUGCUGCUCGUCUGGCAGAAGUGCUCCCGUCGGCGCGAAUCACUUCCAUCGCAGCCAGUGAAUCUUACCUGAUCUUGGGAACUAAUCUUUCUGACGUGCUAGUUUUCGCGCAAUCAGACUUCGAACAUCUCGGCACGAUCUCAAACGCGAAGGGAAAUGCUGAUGUGAGCGCGUUGGACAUUUCACAUGACCAGCGUCGGCUGCUAAUCGGCUUUGCAAAAGGACAAGUGUUCAUGUACGACUUGGGCAAUUUCAAACAACUGAGAAAGUUACCAAGCGACUGCCACGCGAUAAGAACUGCUCGAGUGCAGCUGCUGUCUUUUACGAACGAGCAGAAUAUUCAAGGCAUUUGCUCCGACUCGAGUUCUGUAAGUAUGCUAGAAUUCACGAAGAUAAUCACCAAGCGAAGCACGGACGUUUUCCAACUUGUCAAAGGAGAAAUGGUGAACCCACCAAGAAUAUUCCAAUCUUAUGAAGCGACCUCUCCUCUUUAUCGCCGCCCUCUUAUGGCAGUACUAACGCCACAGAAACUCAUAGCUCGACCAAUUUCGAAAACGCUUGAGAACUCUGAUUUCGAGCUCUCCUUUCCCCAUCUCACGCGUCACCACAACGCACUCUACGCUAGCUGGCAUUUAGGAGAAGAAAACGACCCUGAACUGAUACUUGGCCACAAUCAACAAAUAACCAUCUUCCGUUUCGCCCAAUUCGCUCAGUGGGUUGUGUUGCGCUCCAUACAAUUAGAUGAAAUAGUUAGUUUCGUUUCUAUAGUCCCGCAGACCUCGCUGAAGCUGGUUCUUGCAUCUCCAGACUGUACACCUCCCUAUAAACUUUACAUCUACAACGAUGAGAGCCCCACGCCGAUGUACAAUAAAAUUUGCGAUGAGAACAUUUCUCUCAAAUCAUUCAGCCCCUACGUAACGAAUAGCAACAUCUUAUUCCAAGACAAAAUGGGCGAUUUAUUCUCCGUUCGCAUGCGUGACUGGAACGAGCGAAUUGUUAAAAUAAAGAACAAGAACUCCAUGAAGGAAGCCGUCAAGUUUGUUUUGAGCCUUGCGACUGGCCAGAUCAAGGGCGUAAUCGGACUUGGCGAUGCAUUCAAAGCUCAAUCAAAUAUCAAAUCUGCUCUUGUGAAGCUGCUUCCAAAGCUGAUUGAGAAAGAGCUCAAAAACUGCGAAAACGAUGACUACUCAAUAGCGACUUUUGUUUUGGCGGCAUGCGUUCGGUCAGAUUUACAUGAAUUUCUGAGUGAAUCAAUCGGAGCGGCUGAACAACCCGUCGUGUCUAUAGUUGAGCUCUUUGCGCAAAAAGGAAGCAGUUCUAGAGACGUUUUCUUUACGGCUUUGCAGGAUAUUGUGAAAAUUGGCGAGUUUACAGCGAUUCGACCGUCUCUUCUCUCGCAACUAAUAGCAUGGAUGGACGAGAAAGGAAAAAUCUCAGAAUUUACGAAGCUUAUCCGCUGUGUCGACCGAGAAAGCCUCAAUGUCAACGAAUUGCUCCGACUUUUCAAAGAGCAUGGCUGCUGGGAAGGAAGAAUCAUACUUUAUAAUUAUGUUCUUGAAAACUUUGAGGAACCUCUUCAAUUUGUUCUUGAAUCAAGCGAUCCUCCUAGUUCACUUUUAUCGGCCACGAAUAAGUACUUAUCUUGUUGUCUGAAAGGAGUUGAAUACCCGUCUAAAGCGCCCUUGGAUCAGCCCGAAAAAGUUCGCGAAAAGGUUUUCACCCUGCUGUUGAUGGAAUAUGUCAGUAGCGAACGCAACUACCCGCUUUUGAGAAUUUUGUUAAAACGUGUGGGCAUUAAAUUAUUCAAGUCGCUUGGAGACUCCAUCGAGUACCUCAGAGAUCAAGAGGCUCAAAAACUGAUAGAUGUAUUAUUAAAGCUGACGUCGAUCGUUGGCAAGAGAGAGCGGGAACUUGUUCUCUUGUUCUUGGGCCAGCAGAUCGCCAAAAACGCAAAGAUACAUGUCGAUAAGCUGCAGAUCGAUGAGAUUGUCGAUUUUCUUACAAACAAGUCCGGUGAUAACAUGGAAGAACGAGAGCGAAUUUGCGAGUUACUCUACGACUCUGGGAAAUUGAACCAAAUGACACCAAAAAGAAUACAGCGUCUCAUGAUCAAAACUAAGUUUUAUAGAAUCGCUCAUAAGAUAGCAUUCAAAAACGAAGACUAUGUGAGUGCGAUGAUGGCUUUGGAGAAGUUUGAGAAACCUAGAGAAAUCGUCAGAUAUAUUGAACGGGUCAUGUCAUCACUGACGUACGAUGGCUAUUUUAAAGCCAAAGUUCUCACCAGACUGUCCCUUUUAUUUGGAGAAGUUCCGUCUGAAGUUGUGACGUUGUGCAUUACAUAUUAUGGAGAGGAGCUUGCCGCCAUUGCUUCAAACUUGAGUGACGACGCGCUACACGAUUUUUUUCGUGAGUGUUUCCUUCCAACAAGAGAGCUUCCUAGAAACUCGCCAUUCUUUUUACAAUACAUCAAGCACUUAAUCGAUUCAAAUGCUAGCGAACUGAUUGACGUCCUCACCGAAUCAGACUUUGAUACGGCAUUGAUUGAGCCAGUUCUUGUGACAUCUUCUAACAAGAGCGCUAAAGCGGUGCUCUAUGAGAAAGCCCAGAAUUACGAGAAGACGAGCGAAAUUCUCCUUUCACAGCUCCGACAUGACAGCUCUAAAUUUUCGAAAAAUCUCGACAUCUUCUUGGCUUUUGUACAACGGACGUCUUCUUUAGUUCCACCAUCUGACAGAGAACGACUCUUUCUCGCCGUUUUUGAUAUCUUCAACGAUAUGGAAAUUGAAGACUUGCAAGUUUACUUACCGCGUGCUUUUUGUGGUCUCCUCGGACAUGUUCCAAUGUCAAAAACAGUUCAAGCUUUCAUUGCUUUCUUCAAUUCUAGCACAUUUGAUGAUGUGCCCUUUGGUCCGAUGAAGCAACUUGUUACUUCAAUACUUGACUCGACAACGAGGGAUGUUACGAAUCUGGUACAGAUGAGCCGCAUCUCUGAAAGUGGACGCUUUGCGCAGCAGGCCGAAUUAGCCCAAACACGGAGGAGAGCUAUUGUUGGCGGAUUACCUGGUGCGACUUGCGCGUUAUCUGGGGAUGAUCUUGGAAAAAACUCUCGAGUCCUUUUCAGAGAAGGAAGCCAAGAAUACUCAUUCGAUGCCAUCAAGCUGGAUCCGGAGGAACACCCCUCUCAAUCUAUUUACGGUCAGCGACAUCGCAAGCUAUUUCAUGAAGAAGGCCUCUCUUACGAGCUAGGAGAUUCUGUAAUUCAAGAAACCCCCCAAAUCGAGGCUGCCUAUAAAUUCCUCCACUACCAAUUCAGUUCCAUUCGCUAG